UGCCCCAGGGUCUGAUAGCAGAUCCUGAAAAGGCAGAGAAAGCGCGGAGAGCGGCUGCAUUACAAGCAAAAAUAGCCGCUAAGCUAGAUACUGGAAUUUUGAAGACUGAAGUCAAUCCCGAAGAAGAACUAGAAAGAUCUAACAAGAAUCACAUUAGGAACCUAAUAUUCGACGAGCAUGGCAAAACCCUUGAUGCAGUAACUGGCGAAGAAGUUCAUAUCCCACAGUUCGUCCCGACUUUGAAGGCAAAUCUGCGUGCCCAAAAAGCCCAAAACUUUAAGGAGGCUAUGGAAGUGACCACUCAGAAGAAGCCAGUCAAAGUUACAACUUCUAGUCCCUAUUUCGAUCCUCGUCUUUCACUGAAGUCCGCAAUGCGUCCAAAGAGGACUCUUUCUUUUUACGAGCCUGGAAAGUUCAUAAAAAUUGGACAGCGUAUGAGAACGAAAGCGCAACUUGAGAAACUGCAGGAAUCUGUGGCAUUAGCAGCAAAACGCACUGGUAUAGCAAGUGCAGCUAAGUUGGCGACGAUUCAACCAAAAAGGAGCGUUGAUGAGACCGUAGUCCCUGACGUCGAGUGGUGGGAUUCAUAUAUUCUAAAGGACGGGGUCGAGAGCUACUCUGCUUUAGAUGAGACCGAUGAUGCUUCUUCUAUAGUAAACAACGCGUGGAUCACUAAUUUGGUUGAACAUCCUAUUAAAAUGAAGGCACCAACUGAACUUUCAAAACCACCAGAAAUUCCCCUUCUCUUAACCAAAAAGGAAAGAAAGAAGCUGCGUCGCAAAAACCGACAAGAUGCACAGAAAGAACGCCAAGAACUUGUUAGGCUUGGAUUAAUGGCACCACCAGAACCAAAGCGCGCACACGAAGCUGCGAAUGCUGCCAGAAAACUUACAAAGGAUCAGGCUCGCCACAAACGCAUCCGCAAACUUCGAGAGGAUACCUCACUUCGGACUUGUGUUGCGGUUUACAGGGUGAAGGAUUUGUCCAAUCCAUCGCAUCGCUUCAAAGUGGAAACCAACGCCAACCAGCUGUUUAUGACAGGCCUCGUUGCCCUCAAUCGAGACUGCAAUUUAGUGGUUGUUGAGGGUGGACCCAAACAGCAGAAACGUUUCAAGCGACUGAUGCUUCACCGCAUCAAAUGGCUAGAAAACAAACGGGGCGCAGUUGACCCCUCAAAGGUCGAAGCCUCCGCCACCUCAGGUCCAUGCACGCUUGUAUGGGAGGGAACAGUGAAACAGCGCGCCUUCGAGGGUAUGCAGGUGAAAGUUUGUCCGACCGAACUGUUUGCCCGCGAGCUGUUUCGGAAACGUGAUGUUGAACAUUACUGGGACAUGGCAUACAGCGGUGCCGUUCUCGAAUCCGUUGGCCAAGUUGUUGACUAG